UUAACCCUAAACAAAACACAAAUAAAGAAAUCGUCACAUUAUUUUUCUUCUCGAACAUCUCCCCAGCUCCCCCCUUUGGUUUCAGUUCUGCAUUCAACUCCAAACUAUUUAGAAUUUCUUGUCAUCUUCUUCUGGGUCCUGCUUGCUCCUUCAAUUUAUGAUCCAAAAGUUCCGUCUUUUUUGCUAAUGGUGACUGUUUGUCAGACUUGUGGUGAUGAAGGAUUUACAAAUGCGUUGAUUUUUUGUGAUGAAUGUCAAGUUUAUGCUGUGCAUCGCUACUGCUUGGCUGUACUGCCAGAAACUUUUGAUGAGUAUGUGGUGUGGCUCUGUGCUGAUUGUGAAUCUGACUUCUCAAAGUUGUCGUCUCAUGGCAAGCUUGACCUCUUAGAAGUUGGAGGAAAGGACUCUGAAAGUUCCGAAAGUGUUGAAGUGAAGAAGAUAAAUCUUGUUAAGAGUUCUAGCAAGAAAUCUAAGCGAAGAAAGAUUUUUAGUAGGAAGAAGUCCAAGAGAAGAAAGAUUGGUACUUGCUCAUUGACUAAAUCAAAUGUUCCAGAUCCAACAAAGAGCUCAUCUGUUCACCUUCACGGUGUGGAAUGCACAAAGACUAAUGAGAAUGAUCAGGAGUCUGGAAGACAAGAUAAAUUAGUUGACUGUGGCUCUGAUGAAGCAGUUGAGUCUAUUGAGAGUGAAACUUCUAAAGUGUGUCUCGAUGUCAUCAAACCUCUUCUUGAAGUGGAGAAGAGAGAUCUUGUUAAGAGUCCUAGGAAGAUAUCUAAGAAAAGAAAGAUUUUUAAGAGUUUUAGCAAGAAGUCUAAGAGAAGAAAGAUUGGUAAUUCCUCAUUAACUAAAUCAAAGGUUCCAGAUCCUGCAAAGAGCUCCUCUGUUCAGCUUCACGGUGAGGAAUUCACAAAAGCUAUUGAGAAAGAUCAGGAGUCUGGAAAACAAGAUAGAUUAGAUGACUGCAACUCUAAUGAAGCAGUCGAGUCUAUUCAAAGUAAAAACGCUAAACUGUGUCUUGAUGCCGUUCAACCUCUUGAGAUGAAUUGCUCUGAUGAUGGACGGAAGGAUGAGAGCCAUGACAGAAGACUGAACAGUCUGGAUGAGGGCCAUGUCAGUGAAGAGGCUGACUGUAUUAUGGAUAAAAGUACUCUUGGGGCUAUACCUCUGGAGGAAAAGCUUGACGAAAUAAGGAAUGAUGUGAAUGAAGUCUGCGUCUCUGGGGAGACCAAAAGCUCGAAUAGUUUAAGUGAGCACAGCUUUCAUGAAGAGGCUAAGCCUCUAAAUAAUAAUUUUCAGAUAGUUAUUUCUUAUGAACCAAAUUUUACGGAGUACAGUUCUGUCCAUGCACAGCCGAUACAAGAACCAAUUUGGAGGGGUAGCUUCUGCAUGUCGGAAAAAAAUGAUUGUAUUAUGGUUGGACUUGUUGCUCAUGUCUCUAAGCUAGCAUGCCUUAAAGUCAGUGAAGAAGCGAAAUCAAUGCCGACUUCACUUUCACCAGAAUUGCUUCCUAGGUUGACUGUGUGGCCUAAAGGUUUUGGAAAGUCGGGGCCAACCGAUGAAAGUAUCGCUCUUUAUUUUUUUCCAGUCAGUGACAGGAACGAAAAGGUUUUUGAUCGGCUAGUAAAUGACAUGAUUCAACAAGACCUUGCGAUGAGAGUUAUCGUUCAAAAUGCAGAACUCCUAGUAUUCUCUUCUACGAUAUUGCCAAUGGAAUUUUGGAGGUUCCAGGCAAAAUUUUAUUUGUGGGGAGUAUUCAAAGGAAAGCGGCCUCCACAAGAAACUGCAGCAGUUGAUGCUAUACCUGAAACGGAAAGACACCCUUUAAAGGUGUUAACGUGGGAUAGACAGAGUCCGGUGAGCCCUUUAAGCAAUGGUAGUAAUGAUUUUGGAUCAGUACAUUCCUCACUCAGUUCAUCAAAAUCGCCUCUUUAGUUAGGCGUAACCUUUUUUUUACCAGUGUAGUAAGUUUGGGACAGAUGAGUAUGAGCCUGUUCUGCAAAAUAGUUUUACCGGGUUCUCUACUCUUUGUUGUCCCUUUAACUCCCAACCACUCUUUGCUGGAAACAGUGUUUUAAAGACCAAACCAGUGGCCAAACCAGUGUUGCCGCUAGUUGAACCGGACAGUUGGCCUGCCCCUGUUCAAUUGGUUGAACUGGCCGAUCCGGUUUGGUUCUUCAAUCACUGGCUGGAGAUGCUAAGCCAGGGAAACAGGGACGACUUGUUAUAGAAUAGGCUUUAGGAAAUAAAUUAUACUGUCACUAAAGAGCUACUAAGAAAAUUGUAAAGUUGAUCAUCAUAAAUUCAAGGCCUUGUUUUUCUCA